CCCGAACUCGCCGCCCGCCGCCCGCCCGCCGGAGACGAGUUCUCAGCCUCCCGACUUCAUGUGAAAGAUGGCCAAUGCUGAAGUGAGUGUCCCUGUGGGGGAUGUAGUUGUGGUGCCGACCGAAGGGAACCAGGGGGAGAACCCUGAAGACACCAAAACCCAGGUGAUCUUGCAGUUACAGCCUGUGCAGCAAGGUUUGCUUAUCAAUGGACACUUUUACAACAGGAUUUAUGAAGCGGGAUCGGAGAACAAUGCAGCGGUUGUAGCCGUAGAAACCCACACAAUCCACAAAAUUGAAGAAGGGAUUGAUGCUAGCGCCAUAGAAGCAAACGAAGAAAUGGAAAUUGCUUAUCCUAUCACAUGCGGGGAGAGCAAAGCCAUACUGCUCUGGAAGAAGUUUGUAUGUCCAGGAAUUAAUGUGAAGUGUGUCAAGUUCAAUGAUCAGUUGAUCAGUCCCAAGCAUUUUGUUCAUCUGGCUGGCAAGUCCACCCUGAAGGACUGGAAGAGAGCCAUUCGCCUGGGUGGGAUCAUGCUGAGGAAAAUGAUGGAUUCUGGCCAGAUAGACUUUUACCAGCAUGACAAGGUUUGCUCCAAUACCUGCAGAAGCACCAAGUUUGACCUCCUGAUCAGCAGUGCCCGUGCACCAGUGCCAGGGCAGCAGACAGGCGUGGUGCAGACGCCUACUUCGGCUGAUGGGGGAGUCACACAGAUCGCCAUUUCAGAGGAGAAUAUGGAAGAGGCUGGGCUAGAGUGGAACUCAGCUCUCACGGCAGCUGUCACCAUGGCCACUGAGGAGGGAUUGAAGAAGGACCCUGAAGAGAUUUCAGAGGACACCCUGAUGUUCUGGAAGGGCAUAGCCGACGUGGGGCUCAUGGAGGAGGUGGUCUGCAACAUUCAGAAGGAAAUAGAGGAGCUGCUCAGGGGUGUUCAGCAAAGGCUCCUUCAGGCCCCCUUUCAGAUUACAGAUGCCGCUGUCCUUAACAAUGUAGCCCAUACCUUUGGCCUGAUGGACACGGUCAAGAGAGUUUUGGACAACAGGAGGAGCCAGACAGAGCAAGGAGAAGAACAUUUUCUCUAUACUCUUACAGACCUAGAACGCCAGUUGGAGGAGCAGAAGAAGCAGGCCCAGGACCACAGGCUGAAGUCUCAGACAGUGCAGAAUGUGGUUCUGAUGCCUAUGAACAACCCCAAGCCACCCAAGAGGCCCCGCCUCCAGCGCCCAGCUUCCACCACCGUCCUGAGCCCCUCGCCCCCCGUCCAGCAGCCUCAGUUCACCGUCAUCUCGCCCAUUGCCAUAGCCCCGAUGGGCCAGUCGUUCUCCAUGGGCAACCUCCCCAUGGCUACCCUCAGCCAGGGCUCCAGCCCUGUGACUGUCCACACACUGCCUUCUGGCUCCCAGCUCUUCCGCUAUGCCACUGUCGUCUCUUCCGCCAAGACCAGCUCUCCUGACGCAGUGACCAUCCACCCCUCCUCCAGCCUGGCGCUGCUGAGCUCAGCUGCCAUGCAGGAUGGUGGGGCAUUGGGCAACAUGGCCACAGUGGUGAGCCCUGUGGAGCUGGUGGCGAUGGAGUCUGGCCUGACCUCCGCCAUCCAAGCCGUGGAGAGCACUUCUGAGGACGGGCAGACCAUCAUUGAGAUUGAUCCUGCUCCAGACCCUGAGGCUGAGGAACCGGAGGGGAAAGCUCUCAUCCUGGAGACUGAGCUGAGGACUGAGGAGAAGGUUGUGGCAGAGAUCGAGGAGCAUCAGCAUCAAGUUCACAACGUGGAGAUUGUGGUCCUCGAGGAUUAAGUGGGAGCCUGGGGCCAGCAGACUCAUUCUUUGUUUGGAAUUUUAAUGGUUUGUUCAUUUUUACCACUGUCCUGCUCA